AUGCCUGGAGAGAAGACGAGCAAUGUCGUUGGGUCGCUCUCACUACCAUCAGAGGUAGUCCUGCCUCGCAAGAUACCCAAGGUACCAGGAGAAUGGAACACCAAUAGCCUGGGCUCGAGACUGGGGGCGGACGCUGCCUCCGCGGCGUCUGCUUCUAUCUUGGUGGCUCCCGUUAUCUGUGUCAUUGACCGAUCUAUCGUCGAGAAAGCCGCCAAAGGCACCUCAUUCAUCCAAUGCUUGAAGCGUUCGAUCACGCCUGCCAUUCUCCGACCGCAUGCCUUUCUUGCAUCGAAACCUUUCGCUCUCAUAUUCACUCUAUACUUCUCGACAUAUUUGGCCGCUAAUGGCAUGGAUACAGUCUCAAGCACUAUGAAGAACAAGUCGGCCACAGCUGUCUCGUCCGGUGGCAGUAAGUUUGUAGCAACCUCGGCCGUCAACAUGUCGCUCUGUGUGUACAAGGACAGCCAGUUUGCGCGCAUGUUCGGCAAGCCUUCGUCUUCUCCGGCAUCGACGAUUCCACGUCUCAGUUACGCUCUUUUCGCAGCACGCGAUAGCAUGACCAUAUUCGCGUCGUUCAACCUGCCCUCCGUCAUCGCGCCCAAGCUGGCUGAGCUCCCACGAAUGGUGCGACAGCGAUUCUCCCGCAUUCUGUCGUCAGAGUCAGGACGGUUGAAUACUGCGCAGUUCGUGGCUCCGGCAGCCAUGCAGGUUCUCAGCACGCCCAUACAUCUGCUUGGCUUGGACUUGUAUAACAGACAGGGCCAGCUCGGUCUCGGCGAGCGCUUUGCCAGAGUGGCACGGGAUUGGGGCGUCAGCACUCUCGCGCGUAUGGGUCGUAUCGUACCUGCGUUUGGUGUCGGCGGUGUCGUGAACGCGAAGGUUAGACGAGGUCUUAUGGAGAAGAUUGACGGUUGA